GACGAACACACGAUGAUCCGCCGACACCCCCAGGGCAGGGCCAGGGUUCUGGCUAAGGCAUGAAAUCGCUCUGGAUUGCAAAAUCACCGCGGUUCAGGACCCUCCUGUCCUGAUGGCCUUCACGUCUUCUGGGACUAGUGAACCCUUGCUCGGCUGUUUUUAUUACUCGCAAAGACAGCGCUCCACCCUCCCAAACGGGCCAAAUACGGUGCUGGGCUGAAGGCGUCGCAGCAAUCCGCGCCGGCCGACAUUAGGGUUUUUCGCUAGAACGGCGCUUCCCUGUACUGUGCUGUGCUGUGCGGGUUGCGCAGCGUCUGUGCUGGUGCUUGUCGACGACCGCAUCCACACCCCCGGCGCACAACGCACACCCCGGGAUCGAGAAGCACACGCCGCCACCCCCUUUCGUCGUCGGUGCUGUCCAGCGUUGCGAGCCGCGGCCUCUUGAGAUCAGGGCGGGCUGCAGGGCGGCGGUUGUGCCGUGCAAUCUGUGAUCCACCCCCCAGGCACCUAGUCGGCUGCAUUUCUUUCUUUGGACGUCGGAUGCAUCUUAGGCCAGAGCCUCUUGUCCUGAUUCACUGCGACUGAUGCUCGCCGCCUCAUUCGAUUGCGCAUGCGACUCUGGACGACGACCUGCUUCCUUUGCCGACUCCUCCUUCCCAACCUACCUCCCUACAUACAUACGCCUUCCGUCCCAACUUUCCUGGAUGCCGAGCCGAGUCGUAGCUUUGGCUUGGUGAAGUAUUUCCCGCCCGUGGUAGCCCAGAUCUAGUCAAAAGAAGCUCCCCGUGCGUUGUCCAGCCAGCCGGGGCCUUCACUUCGGCCAACACUUCAUGGAGACCGUGGUAUUUGAUGAGAGCCCGUUGGCUGAGUACCUGAAGGACGAAGACGACGACCGGGGGACGCACGCCUGGGCGCAGCCUGCCGAGCCCGAGUACAAUGUCGACACACCCCCGCCCAGCCCGCCGAUGGCGUCCUUUGCGCCCGGCGGGCUGCCCGUUGUAAAGAGACGCUUCCGCAAGAAGCCCGAGGCUCUGAGCGUCGAGUGUCCGAAUAGCAUGUUGCUGUCUUCGUCCUUUCGGAGUCGCUAUUCGAGUGCCGUCGCAUCACGUAUCGAUCGUGCCGAAAAUGCCAAGUUCCUCGAGAAAUUCCGCUACACCGUCAUCGCAUCCCAGCUGCUCGGAGGGCACUCGAUUCUCGGCGCUCAGCACUCGCCGUCGCGCCCUGGUCAGGAGACGGACCUAAACGGGGAUCACGAAGCCCUAGGGGGUUUUGUUUGGACUGUUGCGGGCGCCAUCGCCAUCGCGUGGGCGAUGAAAUGGGUCUACAGUGGCGGUUUCUCCCACCUGACCAAGAAACGGGUUCUCGCCAGCUUGGUUGUCGUGGCCCUCGCAGCUAGCGUCGGAAACGCAUACAUUCGCCAACGCUGGAUCAGAUAUGUGCGGGAGCAGGCCCUGGCCGAGGUCACAACAUUUACGGCAGUAUCGCAAGACUUUGACAGCGUCGUCAGUGCGGCUGUUGCCCUUAUCCAGGAGGUGGAGCUUGUCUCGCGCGGCUACAGAAUAAGCGUUCCGCUGCCGCCUAUCAGCCGAAUGGACGAGCGAAGCCAUACUCGCCGCUGUGUGAGGCUGCGCAAGGCACUCAGGAUAUGCUUCGAGGACUGCAUGCCCAAGUGCAUGCAGAUGUCCGAUGUUGUCAAGGCCUUCUCGGAGCAACUGGAUCUGGAAAAGUACUACGACAUGUACGACAUUAGUCAGCUUGACAUUACGGAUGCACUGCAGGGUUUCACCGAGGACGAGCUCGAGGAUCUCGAGUCUCUGCGAGCUUUCAAGGUGGUGGCUUCUAGAUUCCACACUCUACGCAAGUCGUUCCUCUGUGCCCUGCUGGCACUCGAAGUCACCGGCGACAAGACGGACUUUUUGCGGUGGACCACGGUCCUAGAGGGUGUCAAAAGCCUCAGUGAGGCCACAGCUACUGCCUACGAGCGACUCGCUACGAUCCUCGGAGAGGAGGAAUCAUUUCCCGUCGUCCCCACCCCCAAGAUGCCAUUGUCGCCCGGAAGAGAGAGGUGGAGGUCGCAGCUGAGGAAGCUGAGCUCGCUCUCGUCAGGCAUUCGUGGUCUCCAGGCAAAGAUGACUCUGUUGAGAGAAGAAUCAGAUAGGGCACUGAACGAGGCCGAGGACGUGUCGGAGCUCGGCCCGAACCUCAUGUCCCAGUACGACUCGAUAGGACAGGACCUCAAGAUCUUGGUGCAGGCCUGGGAGGAGGGCAAGACCGCUUUGGCAUCAGGAAUCGAUCGGAACGAGAAACGAAUAUCGUCUAUUGGCAGCCUACUGUCCCCGGACCUCUCGCUCGGCGGGCUCAAUACGGUCGAUGAAGGAGGUGUCGCGGAAGCCCUCAAAGCCCUCAACGGCGAGGCCUCGCCUCUCGCCAGCAAGAGCAGCCCUGAAGCGGACCAGGAGAUCUUCGAGGCAAUCGCUCUCCCACGCCCUCGAAGCACCAUGUCGAGGGAAGAAAGGAUAGCCAAGAUGAAGGCGGACCGGGAGAAGAAGGCCGAGUCAAGAAAGAGCGUCGAGAACGGACGCUUCAUGCUGCGGGAGCUGGAAACCGUGCUCAACCUCAAGAACGAGGCUCGACACGGCAAAAGCCCCUCAACAGGACGGGCGUCCUUGUAACCAUGGAAUCACCAGACCGGCGAACACAUGCACUGCAACGCUUUGCACACGAUUUGACGACGUACGACACUCACACUAGCGGAACCUCGCGCAAACUUCCUUUGCUAGUGCCCCAUCAUUGCCUAUUUCCCUCGCAUUUUCUUUUGUUGGCAUAGAGACGAUAUCUUUUGGCUUACGCCCUCGUUAUUUAAUUUCUCCUGAAUAUCUGCCCAUUCAUGUGGUCAAUAGCGGGCAUAUUACUUGCACACCUAUUGUUAUCCCCUUACUUUGCUGGCCCCUCGGCCGCUUCCAGUCGUUGCUUCUUCCCAUUCUGUUUUAGUAUUUCUCAGCAUUUACAAAGUCAUACUUGCAAGCCGCCACGCCAGAAGUUCCACCAUCAUCAUUGCACAAACCGACAGACGGCACGGCUAUUUUCUUUUGUCGCAUGGAGGGUGGAGCGUCGUCUCCAGGUGACGGUCCGGUGUACAUAAGCCCAGAUUGCCUCAGACCAUAGAGGCGUUAGUAUUUAGUAGUUGUAUUGUAAUCAUCAAUCACAGCUGUCAGUGCCCAGUUUUUGCGUGGUCCAAGACAAUGCUGGAUGGCGACACUGCCAUGCAUACAUGGAAGAGGUCCAGGGGCGUGACAGCCUCGCACGUAAUCAU